ACGUACCGAAACUAAUGGGGACAAAGAGAUUCUCCCUAAUUGAAGAAAACAUGAACAGAUCAUUGUACUGCGUUUGUUUUGAACAACAUUGAGGUAGAGAAACAAGAUUUCAUGUGAACAUCAUGCAUAGUUUCAAUCAAAAAUUUUAAUUGUGAAAGUCCAUGGCUCCUCGGGUUCAUUUGAAUGUCAAGUCAAAUAGGUUUAUCUUUCGACGAGGUCAUUGUACCACAGUGCAACCAAUAACUGGCUGCAUUAUAUACAGAAUUAGGUUAAUAUGCUAAAUUUUGUGUCAUGGCUUUUGCGUACUUUUUAUUUAAACACCGUAGUAUGAUCGAUACUAUCCUGACCAAGAAACCAUCUCCUAGUAAUUAACAACUCCACCCAAGGUCACACCCAAUUAUUGCCAUUUACGUGCCAUCUUAUCAUUUUAUGGCCUUUGAGCAAGAGAGCGAAGGUUGGGCUGCCUUUAUGAAGCACACAGAACAAGGGAGAGUUAGUGAGGACCUGAACUUGAUGUGAGAGGUUUCCCGGUGCUCCAGCUUGUGAUACCAGAAGAUUUUGUUUCCUCAGUGAAUUCUUCUGUGGGACAUUACCUUAUUACCCAAACUGACUAUGGCAGCAGCUUUUGAGGUUACUGGUUUCCUGAUGGGGCUCGCAGGUUGGAUGCUUACUGGGUCAACGUUGGCAAACAAUUACUGGAAAAUUUCUACUGUUUAUGGGAGCGUAAUCACAAGCUCCAGAUUGUAUGAAAAUCUGUGGAAAAGCUGUGCCCAGGACAGUACUGGAGUCUUCAACUGUCGGAUGUUUGAGACCAUGCUCGGUCUUCCAGCUUAUGUCCAAGCAUGCCGUGCACUGAUGAUCAUUGCCGUAAUUCUGGGAGUUAUUUCCUCAGUGUUGACACUGUUUGGCCUGAAAUGCACCACUAUUGGGAACAUGGAGGAGGCAGUGAAAGGGAAGAUUGCGAUGACUGGUGGAAUUAUCUACAUCCUUGCAGGUUUAUGUGGAAUAGUGCCAGUUUCCUGGUACGCCUACAGCAUCACAAUGGAGUUCUACAACCCUGUCUAUGGUGGAACUAAGUAUGAGUUGGGGUCUGCGCUCUACAUUGGAUGGGCUGGGGCAUCUCUCCUUAUCCUGGGAGGUUCAUUCUUGUGUUGUUCCUGCAAAAGAAACAAACAAAAUGGUGGCUACAAGUAUGCCUCUGCUCAAGGUGGACAACGGAUCUACACAAAGACAGAGUCAGCCCAGUCAAAAGCCUACGUCUAAACCAGAGACUUUCAAAGAAGAAUGUUUUUUUUAUGUUACUCAGGUCUACAAAUGUCUUUUUAAAAAUGUGUGUUUGCUAUCCAAUCAUUGUGGCACUCUGUCAAGCAUUAAAAUAAGUAGGGUAGAUUUGUGCAUUGUACUGCUGAAUGCCUUGUGGGUUUGUUCAGGACAAUGCCAGAGUUUUUCUGUUUCCAAUUUGUAUAUAGGUCCAAUAACCCCAGACCUGGGGGCUGAGUCAUACUCCUGCUUAGUGUGAUCUUAGAGAGUUGGGGUCUGCACCAGUACUAGGCGGGUGAGCACUGCUGAGCUGGGGGGGGGGGGGGGAGAGAAGAGGAAUUUGCAAGCGUGCCCAACAUAAAAGGUCCAUCACAGUUUGACCAUCCCCUGUUAUAACGGGGUAGGCAAUGCCUGUUAAGACCCAAUCAAAUGAGGCUUUGCAGGUCCUUAACUGGGUUGGACCCAAGUAACCAUAGUAAUUUGGUUCCCUCACUGUGCUCAAUCCAUGUGCAACUAUAUUAAAAUCUCUAUAUUGUCUCUCAUGAAAAUUAAUGGAGGUAAUAUCGGGAAGACUGUCAAUAACCUAUAUCACUUCAGGAAGGAGUGUGGCUUCAGUCUUUGGUUUGACUGGGUGAACUAAAAUAAAUAAGCAGCUAUCAACAUGAUUGUGUGAGUGCUGUAUAAUACACUCUCAGUCCCCUGUCAACAGGUGUAACAGACACUCAUCAAUGCAGGUUCAGCAGAACAGAAAUACAUGCAAGAGAAUGCCGAGAGUCCCUUGAACCUGUUCCAUCACGCUAACAUUUUACAGGUGACUGUAAUACUCAAAUUCAUUUUCUUGCCCAAUCCCAAAUCUUCCGAUUCCCUUAAUUAUCGAUGAUCUGUCUACAGUGGACAUGAAUAUACUCAGACUGAGCAUCCACAACUCUAGGGCAGACAUUUUCAAAGAUUUGGAAAAAAACUGCUAGAGGAACUCGGUCUGUUGAGGGAAGUGAACAGAUGACAUUUAGGGUUGAGAUCCUUCAGAUAGUGUCUGCCCAUUUCUCUCCACAGAUACUGUUUGACAUGCUGAAUUCCUCCAGUAGUUUGAGUAUUGCUCCCUAUUCCAACAUCUGCAGGCUCUUGUAUCUCCAGAAAUGUACAAGUUUCUGAGGGAGAAAAAAUCCUCUAUUUCUUAAUGGCCAAGCCAUUAUCCGGAGACUAUAACGCUUACUUUUUCUAAUUUUCUUUUAACAAAGAAGUAAAUAUGACACCAAUUAUUUUCUGCAAGUUUUUCCACUGCCCCUAACUUCAACAAGUGCCAACGUUAAACCAGUGAGGGCAAAUUAUCCGAAUUAUUGCCCCAGAUGUAUAACACAUAAAGGCUAUACGGAAUAUUUCGAAAUUACAAUUGGUAAAAUUAACUCUUCCUUAUUCCUUGUAAAUGAUAAACCACAUGGUUCGACAGGUCAAAUAAUUGGAAAGUGAAAGAACUAUUGACAAGUAUUAAGGCAAUCCCCUUUCCCAAUAGCAGAAGACAUUUAUCUGGAAAACAUUAAGGAAUUAUAGCCUGGGAUGUAUACUGCUGGAUCAUUGUGGAUUUGGGGUAUUCCUGAGCAGUUCAUGAAGGAUUCACUGGGAAACAAAAACUCUGGCUUUGAAAUGCCUGACUCGGGCUUUCUAAAUCAGCAUGUAGACCUACAGUAACUCGGAGUAAACACUCAGAAACAGCACAUUGAACCAAAAUAUAUCACAGACCAAAGAGUUCUAAAAUAUUGAAGACCAAAUGAGGAGUUUAAUCUCUAAAAAUACAGAAUAAGUAAUAAAUUCAAGAUGCAGGUCUAAAAUAAAUUGGCCAAACUUUUAUUUUAAGACCCAUGGCCAUCCAAAAAAAAAUCGGAUACAUUUUCUUUUCUGUUAUUUAUGUACCUCUAAUGACUCUAAUCCAUUGUAAUACAUUUAUUGUUUCCAAUGUAAAAAAACACUACUGGUUUAAUUGACUUCAAUUAAACUUUAUAUCAAAAGGUUAGUAAACGAGCAACAAAUAUUGUGACAUUUGUCUAUCGCCAGCAAGCAUCUUUUAAUGCAGAGAGAUCAGAGGCCUUGGUUGGUUGUGUUUAUAUCUAGCAGCUCACAAUUCAAGCAAUGGGAAAUGAAACCAUAUGUUUAAGAUUGGGCAAAUAGAAGAUAAAGUUUGAGGUGCUUUUAGUGAUCUAGCCCAAAAAUGCAAUUGCAAAUAAUGCCUCAGAACAAACACCAAAUAACACAUUUCAGAAGAAGGAAAUCUCUCCAGAAUUCAUCACUCUGCCUCGGACCCUCUUGGCAUUGAGGUUCUUUUUGGGUACCACAUGUUAGGAACGAUGUUAAGGUAUUGACAAAAUGACAUUUACUGGAAUUAAAUGGGGUUUAGGAACUUCAGCAACAUAAAAAUAAAUAAUGUUGGAAGUAUUCAACAAAUCAGGCAGCGUGGUGGUUCUAGUGCAGGUGAAUGACCUUUUAAAACUUUGUGAUACAAUUGCAAAAUUGAAUAAUCAUGGGCCUGAACAGAGAGGUGGUGAGUGAUGGGCAAGGAUUAGGAUUCUUUUGUCCUCAAUGCAGGUCUCACACUAUAGGAAUCUCUAUGAGAUGGAGAUGGUUGAGAGGCAGAUGCAUAAUAUUUUACAUGUGUUCACUUUGAUUACCAUUCAUGUUUAUAUGCUUUUUUUCUGGAGUUUAAGUGGUUCAAAUUGUUGGAUUUUAUAGCUUGCUCUUUGUAUUGUAAGCAAUUGUUUUUAUUUCUUGCUUUUUGGCAGUUUUUAACAAGAUUUAUAAGAACUGUUUCCAAUUAUUGUAUCUUUAUACAUGCUUCAAUAGAAUUUAAGGUUUGUUCUUAUUAGACUUUAACAUGAACUUUAAUAAAAUUAAAAAUGGACAUUGAUUUGUUUAGUUAUUAC